AACGACCUCACAUAUAUCUCUAACUAACCAACUUCUCCUUCCACCGAAAUUACAUCAAUCAACCAACUAACCAACUAAUUCCCACAUCCCUCGAGACCAUCCCCCCUCAAAAAAAGAACAGCCUCCUUCGGGCUUGAGUCAAGAUGGCGAAUCAACAUUCCGUCCAGGCCGAACCGAAGGAGCACCACUUCCACCAGCACGAUGCCAUCAAGUCUGGAAUAAAAGGCGCUCUGCUCGGCGGAGCCGCAGGCUUCAUCUUCUCCGCCGCGCAGAAUUCCCUCGCCAAGCGCAACGUCGGCGUCUGGGGCGUCUUCAGCAGGACUGGUAGCACCAUUGGAAUGUUCACUGCCGUCGGCGCCGUAUACACAUUCUCCAAAGAUGCCGCCGCAAAUUUAAGAGAGAAGGACGACACGCUGAACGUGACGAUUGCCUCUUUCCUCUCUGGUGCUACAAUCGGCCUUAGGACCGGCCGAGUUCCCCAGAUCCUCGGCUUCGGCGCCGCCUUCUCCGUCAUCAUGUCCACCUUCGAAUUCACGGGUGGCAGCCUCCGCGGCGGGCCCCGCCCCGAGCUCCAAGACAUGGACGAGUACGAGCGCAAGGAGUAUUUGCGAAAGAACCGCCGGCGGCCCAUCACAGAAACCAUCUCCAAUAUUGGAGAGGGAAGAGGUAUUAAACCUCCGGGCUACGAGGAGCGCAGGCGGGAGCGCCUAAAGGAGAAGUAUGGCGUUGAGAUCAACCCCGUUUCGGCAGACGUGCAUUAAGCAGAGAGAUGAAAAAUCCUGCAACCACAAUUCACAGGGCUACUACAGUACAUCAGGGAGCAAGAGCACUGUCUACUCGAGUAGCUCCCCAUGAACAGAAAAAAAAGAAAUACUGCUGACAAGUCGCGCCUAUAUCAUAUAAGCGACAAGCCAUCAUCAUCAUACGGCCUCUGUUCUAUAAUAAGCGCGAGAGAGAGGCCGGAAAAAACAAGAAGGAUACCUUGUACAUAUAGAAUCGCAUAUCCUCAUGUGUUCUAACCACACUUCCUUCGCCUUCUAUACGGGCGCUAUGGCACAAUGAUGAGAAAAACAAAACCUAGCCUUUGCCGAGGACGCAAUAUCUUGACUCUGUGAUCGUCAACCAACGUCUUUCGCUCUCUCUCUCUCUCUCUCUCUCAUGAUUUUGCAUAUAAAAGUAUCAUAACAUAGUAAUUUUGUAAUCAAUGCCUAUUUGCC